AUGGCUCAGAAGACUCUGCUCGCUACCAUCCUCGGUGCGGCCUCCGUCGCCGCCCACGGUUUCGUCGAGACCAUCACGGUCAACGGCCAGACAUACGAGAGCUACAACCCGGCAACCUUCCCCUACAUGCCGAAUCCCCCGCCCGUGCCCGGGUGGACGGCCGACUUCCCGGACCUGGGCUUCGUCGAGCCCGCGGCGGCCGGCAACCCGGACAUCAUCUGCCACCGCUCCGCGACGCCGGGCCAGUCGCACAUCUCAGUCAGCGCGGGCGACACGCUGACGCUGCAGUGGACCCCGUGGCCCGAAUCGCACAAGGGUCCCGUGAUCGACUACCUCGCCAACUGCAACGGCGACUGUUCCAACGUUGACAAGACGAGCCUCCAGUUCUUCAAGAUCGCCGAGCAAGGGCUCAUCACGCCGGGCGACCCGGCCACGGCCUUCUGGGCCGCCGACAAGCUGAUCGCCGACGGCGAGGUGUGGGAGGUCACCAUCCCCGAGGACAUCGCGCCCGGUUCGUACGUGCUUCGCCACGAGAUCCUCGCGCUUCACUCUGGUUCCCAGCCCAAUGGCGCGCAGUUCUAUCCUCAGUGCAUCAACCUCCAGAUUAGUGGCAGUGGCUCGGCCAACCCCAGUGGUGUCCCCGGUACUAGUCUCUACACGGCCCAGGAUCCGGGUGUUCUCUUUAACAUCUGGACCGCUGUUGAUAGCUACCCCAUUCCUGGCCCUCCUCUGUACAAUGCCCGCAAGACGCGCCGCCACGCGAAGGACAUCAAGGCCUGA